UGAUGCAUUUUAAAUUGUCCUGUGUUGGCUCAGCCUCUUCUUCUCCUCUUUAUUGUUGAUUGAGUCACUUUGAGGACCAACACAUUAUGGGUCUCUCAAAUUUUCCAAGCGCAUCUGAAGGGGUGCUACCAGUGCUUGUGAUGAACACAGUUCUCUCAGUGGCUUUGUUAAAGAACAUAUUUAGAUCCUUGCUUCAAGUAGUUGUUGGUAGUGGCAAUAAUACUCCAAGCACUUCCUCUUACUCUUCAAGUAUUGGACAAGAGUCCUAUGAAGAUGAUGAGGGUUCAAGGGAAAGAAGGGUGUCAAUAACUCAAUACAAGUCAUUGUGCCACAACAAGUCCAACAUAGGCACAAGUAUUGCUAUGGCGGAGUGCUGCGUUUGUUUGUGUGGUUUUGAGGCCAAUCAUGAGGUGAGCCAAUUGCCUUGCAAGCAUUUCUUCCACAGAGGCUGCUUAGACAAAUGGUUUGAUAACAAACACACCACAUGUCCUUUAUGUCGUUCCAUCGACUAAACUAAACAUAGAUUUUUAGUUUUAGUUAGAGCUAGUUAGUUUCUUGGUGUUGGUUACAGUGUCAAAGGAAUCAAUGUCUCUUUUUGUUUGUCACUUACUUGGUCAACCCCUUUCA